AUGCAUUCUUUCAACAUUGUUCAGAUCAGCGCUCUUCUUGGGCUCUUGGUAGGAACAGCUACCGCUGUCACAGGCAAGGUAGCAAUCCCUGUUGGAGCCAAGAUUGUAGAGAAGCAACCUAUCGAGGUUUUUUGCGAUGGACCCAAUGGACCAUCCACAUCCAUCACCACUGCCACAAGGACCUUGACCCAUCCCCCUGGUUCAGCAAUCACAGAUGGACCAAUCGUGAUCAACGGCCCUAUUGAUUUUAGUCUCAUUGGGCACUUCCCGGGGGAUUUGGCCCUGGGCCAUUACCCCUGCAGACAAUGCGCUAGAACCACGAUCACGAGUGACAUUGCCGCCUGUCAGACUCGGCUGCCAGGAGUUAAUGGGGGUGUUCCCACUGUUGUGUUUGUUGUCCCCCAUUGCGAAGCAUGCGAGACUCAUACGACUACGGGCCCCGUACCUUACGUGACUCGAGUUUCUGCAACUGGAGGCGCUGAAAAGGACACCAUCAUUAUUUGUGAAGAAGCAGCAACUACUGGCUCUGUCAAGGUUCCCAGUUCUGGUCUUGAACAUUACAUUCCUGGACCGAAGAAUUCCAAGGGCUUUGCUUCUGAACCCAGCCCCUCUUCUGAAUCCAGUACCUCUUCCAAAACCGGUGCCUCAUCUAAGCCCGGUGCCUCUUCUAGACCCGGUACCUCUUCUGAACCAGGUGCUUCUUCUAAACCAGGUGCCUCUUCUGAACCCGGUGCCUCUUCCAGGGUCAAUAGUUAUGGAAUCAACAUCAGCUCUAACAGCUCGGCACCCGGGGGUCCAGGCUCCGGUAUGCCCCAGUCCGGCACCUCUCACACGGACGCUGACAAGGCUGCAAUUUAUUUCGUUGGCUUCAUGGCAAUGUUUGCUGGCUGGGUUUAA